CGUCGCGGCGCCAGCCCCCAUCGACGCCCUCGGCAGUCAAGCGUCGUUGUCCUCCACUCGCGUACCGGGCGCUUCUUUGUCUCGCUCCCAUCAUCUUUAAAGACACGCGCACAGUUUUUGUUCAUUUUGUGUGGUUCUCGAAGACGUUUUCCACAAUCUGUUCGCAAAGCCGCUGGUUUGGAUACCCAAAAUACCCCCUGGGUGAUGGACGCGUCCUCGGGAGAUGAGGAGGCGCCGCCGAGAGACCCUGGGGUGAAUAAACCCCAGCCCAAGGCUUUUACUGCUAAAGAUUUUGAAGGACACCGGGCACACACGAUGUAUGUGGGGGUUCAUCUACCUGGGGAGAAGAGGCACCGCAAGCACAAGCACUCCCGGGCCAACAGUCGAGACUCGGACGAAGAUGAGCGACCCAGACAAUUCACUAUGGGGCGGCGAGGACGUCUGGCCAGCAUUACCGAUGAAGGGGAAACCUUCACCCCGCCCGCACAACGAGUACAGUUCAUUCUCGGGGAAGAUGCUGACGACAACACGCACGAAAUACACCCGCUCUUCUCGGAGAUGGAGGAGCUCUUCCGGGAUGAGGACUGCUUGGAGUGGCGGGAAACCGCCAGAUGGAUAAAGUUCGAGGAGGAUGUGGAAGAAGGAGGUAACAGAUGGUCCAAACCGCACGUGGCCACUCUCAGUCUCCACUCCUUGUUCGAGCUCCGCAGUCUGCUACUCAACGGCUCCGUGGUGCUCGACAUGGAAGCUGUCACCCUGGAACAGGUCUCGGACCUCCUGCUAGAUCACAUGUGUAACACUGGAGCCCUCCAGGAGGAUACCAGGGAGAAGGUCAGUGAGCACCAGCGUUAAAGUUGCAUGAAAAAG